UUUGGAGUUCUGAGAGGUUUGCCGCCAAUCCUCCAGUCAGCCUCCAGUCCCUCCCGUUACAAUGCAUCACUCCUCCACUCUCAACCUUUAAACUUUAUUGUGUCUGCAGCAAACUCAUGCUACCCGCCGAGCUCUCAGAUGCACUUGCAGUCUUCCCAUCACUGUCGCUAUCUGCGCGUGCAGAUUUUCUGAGAGAGUUGUUCCCAAUCUUGCGUCCGUCGGAACUCGGCCUCGCCCUUGACUUACAUGCCCAGAAUACCAAGGGCGUCGACUUCGUAUCAUUAGUUCCGAUUGAGACCGCAGUGCACAUCGCGUCAUAUCUUCACUGGACCGACGUGCUGAGGCUUAAACUCGUCUCAAAAGCAUGGAAAAGACUCGCCGAUAACACCGCGGUAUGGCACAGGAUCGUCGUGGAUCUGUAUCAGAGUCAUCAGCUAUUGGACUACGAAAAUGACGGGAAGGAUCCGAAAGCCAAAGCUUUGUGGCUUCUGAAAGGGAUCCGCUCAUGGCAGAAGCCAACCACACCGAUUACAUUCCAAGCUCACGGCAGCGACGUCAUGCACGUCAGGGUGAAAGGGAACAUCUUGGUGACUGGGUCUAGAGAUAGACUGGUCAAAGCUUGGGACAUCCGCACCUUGACGUGCAUCGGAACCAUGGAGAUGGGCAACUUGCUGCAUCUAGAGUUCGUUGAGACCCGGCAGGAGCUCAUCGUCGUGGGCUGCGAUUUCGACUCCCGAAUACAUAUACGGUCAUUCUUUUCGCCGGAUAGCUAUCAUAUACUCAUAGAGCAUCCAUCUGCGAAUUCGGGCCUGUGUGUGGAUGAAGAAUUCGUAUAUAGCGGUGGAUUGCACGAAUUUGCUCCUCCCAUAUACGUGUGGGAUAUGAAGACUGGGAAGCUGAAAACAAGAUUAGAUACCACAACGCAUUCGGUACGUUGUCAUUCGGAAGAAACCCCACUCAUGAUCAACAUCUCACCGAAUCUGCCAGCCGCUCAGCACUUAUUCCUUACAAACUACGCCCAAGUAUCUAAUUGCCAUUUGUCAAAACGGCCAGUAUGAUUAUUGGGAUCGGGAAUCGUUGGCCCAUAUGGGAGCCGGCGUAGUGCCCACGCCAACACUGGGCGACACGGACUCGUACCUUGACAUCAAGGACAGUGCAUCGUUGCCAAGUGAGAUGAGAGGUAUCGGCCGCAGAUUCCUUCGCGGCAACUCUGCACGAGCAUCACACAUUCUCCCGGGCGUCUUCUUCACGGCGAUUGCAGAAGCCCAGUACGUCGAUCUAUGCGAGCCUUUUCCGAACUCCAG